AUGCCGAACUUUCCUCACACCCCCGAGGCCCUCUUAGGCCGCAACGACUCGAAGAACCCCUCAUCAACCUGCAAAGGAAUCACGAGCUCAGGCAGGCCCUGUCGCAGAGCACUAGCAUCCCCCAAUGGCAAGAGAAAGUCGAACGUCAGCGCCUUGAACGGCGUCGUCGCGCUGGUCGAGGAAGAUGGCCGAGUCCAGGAAGCCGACUUCUACUGCUGGCAGCACAAAGAUCAGGCGGAGGAGAAGAUCCAGCAGGAAGUGAACAAGAAUCGGAAAGCGAGAAGGAAGAGAAGUGCAGAGCUGGUGCCGUUGCAAGAGAUGAGCAGUAUCGAUACGUUGGUGCAGAGAUUGGGGAUUGAAAGUGUUCCCGAGGAGCAACAGAAUAAGCGAAAUAGCAGACCUGAGAGACAGCCGAAACCGCCUCGACGGACUGAGACGACGGAUUUUGCGGAUCCUGCGAAGAGGCCGUCCAGGACGAGUUACCCUGUGUCGCCGACGGAGAAGCACGACGCGACUUCUGCGAGACCUUCGAGGAAGCCGGCGAAGAAGAAACCGGGGUUCUGGGCGAGUUUGUGCUGUGUCGCCAGUGACAAGGACGAUGACUAUGUGGAGAUUGUGCGACAUCGCAGGCGGACAGAGCAGGCUCAUCGACCUUCUCAGGUGUCAGCUUCUGCACCUCCACCACCUCGAGUAUCGCAAGCAAGUCGACCUACAAGUACACCCAUACCUGCUCGGACGCCACUCUCUCCACAGACACCAACACGGCCACACCAACAGAGAUCAUCAUCCAACCCACAGACAAACCAUCUACUCUCCCUGAUCCCGCAAACAUGCUCUCCACAAACAACAUCAACCCUCCUAGCCGAACUCAUCAAACCCAUCAGCCCCGCGGACGAAGAAGGCUACAUCUACAUCUUCUGGCUCACCCCGCAAUCCAAAGACCCUCCCCCAGAAAGCACAGCGCGCUGUCUCCUCUCCCCACCAGAGCGUCGCCCCGAGACCUCCAGACGUAUCAGCGACGUCAUGACCGAGUUCUCCUACGACGGCGACGACGAUGACGAUUUUGGAGAAACAUCCCGAGGCGGAAGAGCGAAGAAAGUGAAGACAAUCAUGCUCAAAAUCGGCCGCGCCAACAACAUCACCCGCCGCAUGAACGAAUGGCAACGCCAAUGCGGCUACAAACUCAACCUCGUCCGAUGGUAUCCCUACAUCCCCUCGAAUACCCCCCAGCCCUCGCCCGAGAGGAAGGCGAAUCAACCACUCUACCCUGACCUCACACAACCGCCUCCUCCAUCUUCUUCUCCGCGACGACAGAGCGACGUCGUCCGCCGCGUGCCUUACGUGAAACGUGUAGAGCGGUUGAUUCAUCUCGAAAUGGCGGAGAAGAGGGUCCUGCGAGAUUGUCGGGCUUGUGGGAAGGAGCAUCGGGAGUGGUUUGAGGUGGAGGCGAGUCAGGAGGGGGUUAAGGGGGUUGAUGAGUGUGUGAGGCGGUGGGUGGAGUGGGCGGAACGGCAGGCUUUGGGCGAGUAG